UCCAUGGAAUGCCGACGAGUGGUGGACCCCCGCGGAUUUUGUAUAUCAAGACGAACCCAGAGUUAAACCUGACGAAAGGCUAAAUACGAUCGGGCCCGGCACGCGACUGAAUCUCCCGCCCAGCGACGCGACGUCUAAUGGAGAACCUAGUGAUUUGAUGCUCAGGCCAUUGGGUGUCGGAAUCGCAGAAGCUGAGAGAGAGAUGGCGAGAUCCAAGAGUGUUUUUGCUCCCUUUCGACGGCAUUCAUUUUCGCAGCAUACAGUGGUAUGCGAUGAUGACCAAGGAACAUAUAGCGAUAAGGAGAAGUGCCACAAAUCGAAGGCGCUCUCUCGUUUUACUGGCGCCGAAAUAGAAGGUCUCAACAGGGCACGGAAGAAUGUUAUCCUGGCGUGCCACUCAGUAAUGACACGAGAUGGGCUGACUUCUGAACACGUGAAAAAGGAUUCUAGAGUGUCCUGUGUUAUCUCGACAGCUGGAACAAUUAUUGAUGAAGCGCUCCCUGUUUUGAAGACCAUCCUAGAGUGUACAUACGAUGCGGCUACUCUAGUUCCACUACCGUUUUUCUUGGAGGCGUCGCGGACCCUCCUAAUUAUCUGGGAUGCGUGCGAGCAACUUUCGUCGAAUCGACUUUCUUGCCUUCGCAUCGUCGAACGCUGUGCAGGAAUGGUUUACUUUGUGCGUGAGCAAAUCGAAGGGAUCGGUCCCAUCGUUGGCAAGGAACUAGACGCUGCCUUCCACGUCUUUAGAGAAGUCAUCUUCCAAAUUGAGGGGUUUCUCUGCAGAAUCAGCCGCCGCCCAAUGCUCAAACGCUUCAUUAGGAGAGCUGAAAUUGCAAAAGAACUCUGCAAUUGCGAUCAGGCUUUGAUGGAUGCCUGGCUGAGGUUCACUGCAACGGUAUCCUUGAGGAUCUUCAAGAAUGUCUCGUAUCUUGAUGGGAAGAUUGAAGACCUGGGGUCGGUUCUUUCGGAUAACACCAUGACGCCAUGUGCGGACCGUAACUCGCUAGCACAUGCACCAUCAAUCCCGGACAUGGAGACGUCCAUAGCACGCAACUCGAGCCAGAAGCGCAGCAUAUGUUAUCCACUUGCAGAGACCGUCCCAUCUAUGCCAGAGUGUCUGACGACUGCCGAGGGCGAAGUUUGUCGCGAGCUGCUCCCUAUCUUCCCUGAAGACAAUCCGGAUAAGGAACUCCGACACGACCAAUUCCAGCUCGAACAUCUUCCUGGCUUUAUUAGUACUGCACUGUGCGAUGCUGACGUCCUCAAUGGUUUAGAGAUUGAACGGAACGAAGUUGCUGAGAUAAUGAAGGCUAUGCGGCGACAGUUGGAGUCCCUGCGCCAUGCAUUCUCGCGGACGACCGCCGCUGCCAGCGACAGUACUCUCGCUGAGAUGGAACUUCUGGAUGCUAGCAUCGUCUCGAUGUCGAAGUUGCGCUGCAUGCAAGUGCGAGGCGCCGGCACUGACAACCUUCUUUUGCCAUGGGAACUUCCUUCAUGGACGAUCACGCGGUACGAGGUCGACCGGUUCGAAAUGAUCGGCCAAGGGUCAUUCUCUAGAGUUUACGCUGGAUCCUGGCGCGAUAGAGUGGUCGCCAUCAAGGUUCUCCACGACUUUAUCCCAGCUUCGACAUUUCGUCGAGAGGUCGAGCUGUGGCGCAGACUCAGGCACCCUCAGGUCGUUCGUAUGUUCGGCGCGAGUAGCGCCCAUGGUUCCAAGCCAUGGUUCAUCGUGAGCGAGCUAUACGAACGCGGAAGCCUCGUAGAGUGGUUACUGACCGCAGCACGCGAUGAUUAUGCCACGCCACGCGAAGUGGACCAGUUACGAUUCAUCUCUCAGAUCGCUGGUGGGAUGGAAUACUUGCACGCCCAGGGGGUGGUGCAUGGCGAUUUGAAGUGCGCAAACGUUUUCGUGAAUGCGGAAGGAAACUGUGCCAUCGCUGACUUCGGUCAGAGCGAACUCAAAGAUGAUGCCUACAGGUUGAGCGGGCGUCAACGACCGAAUGGAACGCCGAGGUGGAAAGCGCCGGAAGUUUUGGACGGUGCCGCGAGUCCGACGAUGCAAGCCGACGUCUACGCUUUUGCCAUCUGCUGCGUGGAGAUCCUCAAUAUGGGCAGCAUUCCUUAUGGCACCAGAGAUGACGAAGAUGUAAAGAGGAUCGUGCUCGAACAUGAUGCCCGCCCAGAGGUGUCCGAUACCCCUCUUUCCACAGUUGUUCUUCCAGUCAUCACCUGCUGCUGGGCGCGUGACCCUCGUUGUCGUUCUCCAUUUUCCAUGACUGUGUUCUGGCUUCGAGGCUGUCGGAAUCUCUUACAUCCCUAUGGCGCGGACGGCUUACCAGUCCCUUGCACGCCGAAUGGUCCCGUAAACUCACCGGUCAUCUUUUCAGACCGUCCCUCGCCUGGCCUUCGAGCGUUUGGUACACCCACUUCUGAAGGCCAUUCUUGGCUACCACAUAAUUCAUCCAUGUCCGAUUAUUACAGCACGUCAUCUGGAUUUGGAUCUGAGUUCGGACAUUCAGAACCUGACCUGGACUCGCCGGAUGUUCCAGAGUCGUCUAUGUCCAGCAGGACAUCGGGUUUCGCGGACCCGAACGCUGUUGGUGAGGUCUUCGAGCACACCAUCGACGGUCGCCUUCUUGAGAUGAUGUCCACAUCCACGUGGGCACGGGCCAUGCAGAACGAGAGGCGCUACAGGCUUUUAGCCAAAGACACCCACGGGUAUGGAGAUUUGUUCACAACGCCUCUUUGGUAUCCAUCACCUGUCGAGGUGGGUGCUGUGGGAUAUGUAUCCAAACCUGACGGGGAGUUCAUAACCCUCUGCAACGUCAUUGAGAUUGGAGGAAAGAAGAAGGCUGAGGGCGACGUGGCAAAAUGCAUGACUUCCUUGCGGGAUUAUGGUAACGUCAACAUCGGGAAGGCACGUCGUGUUCACAACAAUGGUUCGAGUAUGCUGAGCAGAUUCAAACUUGGUGGCAAUCGUCACGACGGUGAGAACGUAUCUCGCAGGCAAGCAUUUCCCCUGGAGGCCAGUAAGAAGACAGCUGCGGUCUACGCUGAGUCGUUCGAACACCGGGACUUUUCCUAUGGCGGUCUUCCUGCAGUUUCACAGUGGUUUAAAGACAAUAUACACACGAUCCUGCAAGAAUACGCACCGAAUCACCCUAUCCAGAAAGAAGACGUCUUUCUUGUGACGGGCACUGUAAACGCGCGCGACUACGCUCUCUUUGUGGCCGAUCCCAUCUCGUCAGGGGAGGCAUACUUCAACGUUUUCUCUUCUCGCAGAGCGAAUCAGCCAUGGGGCACUUUCACGGUCAAGUCUGAUGGCAAAGAGUUCUUCCCCACGUGGACCAACUUUACGAGUAAGGUAUCGCGGACCCACAAGAUCUGGGAUACCAUACUCCUUGCGCGACUUCGCUUCGCGCCUGAUGCAGAGGAGCCGACCUUGGAUUAGGAGGCAUCAUCUCUCUCUCUUCUUACCCAACGGAUUGGCUACAUACCUUCUUUCUGUUUCAUGUACUGUUACUGUUCAAGCGGACAUAUCGCCGAUUCGCAUUGUAUGA